AUGUCUGAAUUCAGCCAGAACUCUGAUGAAGAAGUGUGUCCUGAGGACAUUGAUGAAGAUGAAAUCCUGGCCAACCUGUCUCCUGAGGAGCUAAAGGAGCUGCAGUCUGAGAUGGAAGUCAUGGCCCCAGACCCCGAAGUCCCAACUGGGAUGAUACAGAGGGAUCAGACAGAGAAACCUCCCACGGGGAGCUUUGACCACAGGUCCCUGGUUGACUACCUGUACUGGCAGAAGGCAUCCAGACGCAUGCUCGAGGAUGAAAGAGUCCCCGUCACCCUCUUGCCUUCUGAGAGAAAUGCUGCAGGGGAGAUGGAAAGAAAUGCUGAUGGCAGUGGUGAGGCAGCUGGUGGAAAGGCACCAGAGGAAAAAGAGAGACAUUACAAAAAUGAGUACUUGUCCGACUCAAGACCACAAUUUGAGAAGACAAAGAACGAUGGUGUUGAUAAGGAGAGAGAUGAGGAGGAAGAGAAAGAAGAAGCAGAACAGGAAGACAAUGAAAAUGAGGAAGGGGAUGAAGAGGAAGAUGAGACUGAAUCAGAAACAAAGGAUACUCACACCAAUGAGAAUGGUCAAAGUGAUCAGAUAAGUAAGAAACCAGAUACAGAAUCAGCAGAAACCGCAGAAAAACCAAACGAAAAGAAAAUAUCAAAAUUAAACAUCCCCAAAAAGUUGGCACUGGAUACCAGCUUCAUGAAGCUAAGCACCAGACCUUCAGGAAAUCAAACCAAUUUAGAGGAGAAUUUGGAGAAAGUCCGAAAAAACGACCCAGAUGUGAAAGAGCUCAACCUGAACAACAUAGAGAACGUCCCCAAAGAAAUGCUGAUAGACUUUGUCAACGCCAUGAAAAAGAAUAAGAAUGUCAAAACCUUCAGCUUGGCCAACGUAGGGGCCGACGACAAUGUGGCCUUCGCGCUGGCCAACAUGCUGCGCGAGAACCGGAGCAUCACCACGCUCAACAUCGACUCCAAUUUCAUCUCUGGCAAAGGGAUCGUUGCCAUCAUGAGGUGCCUGCAGUACAACGAGACGCUGACGGAGCUCCGCUUUCACAACCAGCGCAGCAUGCUGGGCCACCAAGCGGAGAUGGAGAUCGCCAGGCUGCUGAAAGCCAACGCCACCCUCCUCAAAAUGGGCUAUCACUUCGAACUGCCAGGGCCCAGGAUGGUGGUGACCAACCUGCUCAGCAGAAACCUGGACAAGCAGAGGCAGAAGAGGCAGGAGGAGCAAAGGCAGCAGCAAAUGAAAGAGCAGAGAGAGUUGAUAGCGAUGCUGGAAAACGGACUUGGGUUGCCUCCUGGGAUGUGGGAAAUGCUGGGGGGUCCACUGCCCAAUGCAAGGAUGGAUGAACCCCCACAAGCCCCGAAACCACCUGUCCCCACAGCUGCAUCUCUGAGAAAAAGGCAGGAGAGCGUGAGGCAGCCAGCCCCUGAGGAGCCAUCCAGAGAGAAGUCUGUCAACUUCAGAGUGGUUAAGCUGAAGAAGAUUCAGCGUAAACCCCCUGUGCCGGAGUAUGUGGAACCCACUGAGAAAACCAACCUCAAAGACGUCAUCAAAACACUUAAACCAGUUCCCAGGAGAAGGCCACCUCCCCUGGUGGAAAUAACCCCCAGAGAUCAGCUGCUCAACGACAUUCGUCAGAGUAAUGUCGCUUAUCUCAAACCGGUGCCACUGCCAAAGCAGCUGGAGUGA